UUGGGGCGGGACUUCCAGCGUCCUCCUCGGGGCAGCCAUUUUUACUGCUUUCGUGUGUGUCGUCUCUCCGGAGCGGUGGGCCGGGACUCGGAGACGGGAUUGAGAAGGUUCAAGACGAGGCGCUGUCCCGCUGCACAGGUGCGGGUCUGAGGCUUGGCGACGCCGCCCGGAGUGCCCUGCGCCACGCCCGGAAUAGGGCCCGCCGUGCCUGUGUCCCCUCCUCCUCACCCGCAGCUCCGCCCACAGACUCCGAUGGCGGCGGCGGCGGCGGCGGCGCUGAGGGACCCGCCUCAGAAAUGCAGUGUGACCUUUGAGGACAUUGCUGUGUACUUCUCCUGGGAGGAAUGGAGGCUCCUUGAUGAGACUCAGAGAUGCCUGUACCUGGAUGUGAUGCUGGAGAACUUUGCACUUGUAUCCUCACUGGGUUGCUGCUGUGGAACAGAGGAUGCAGAGGCACCUUCUGAACAGAUCGCUUCUCUAGGAGUGUCACAUGCUAGGACUCUCAAGGCAGCUUUGUCUUCCCAGAAGACUCACCCCUGUGAGAUGUGUGGUCCAGUCUUGAGAGACAUUUUUCACUUGGCUGAGCACCAGGAAAAACAACACAGCCAGAAACUGUUGAGAUGUGGAGCAUGUGCAAAACGAUUUUAUUUUAGUGCAAAAUUUCAACAGCACCAGGAACAGCAUAGGGGAGAGAAAACUCUCAGAAACAGUGUGGACAAGGCCUCAUUUGUGAAGAGCUGCAGAUUCCAUGUGUCGCAGAAGCCAUUUGCCUGUGGGGAGUUUGAAAAGGACUUCCUGCCCAUUGUGGGACAUCUGCAGCAACAGUCCACUCAUACUGUGGGGAAGCCAAACACAAUCACCCAGUGCAGGUCAACUUCACAAGGCAAGAAAAGUAAUCACACCUGGGGAGAAGGCAAGAAAGCCCUCAGCCCCAAACACACACUUGUUCAGGACCAAGGUGUCCACACUGAAAGACCUUGUUUUGUGUGCAGUGAGUGUGGGAAAACAUUCAGGUACAAAUCCUCAUUUGUUGUGCACCAGAGAGUCCACGCUGGAGAAAGGCUUCAUGUGUGUGGUGAAUGUGGAAAAUCCUUUAGGCGAAGCUCAACCCUCAGUCAACAUCAAAGCAUUCAUACUGGGACAAGGCAGUACAAGUGCAGCAAAUGUGGGAAAUCCUUAAACUACAAAUCUGUCCUCAUUUAUCCCCACCCAUGGCGCAGUGGAGAAAACAGUUACGUGUGCAGUGAGUGUUCGAAAUCUCUUAGCCAUAGUUCAGUUUUCAUUCCACAUAGGAGAUUUCAAACUGGAGAAAGGCCUUAUAAAUGUAGUGAGUGUGUGAAAUCUUUUACUUCUAUGUCUGCACUCAGUUAUCAUCAGAGAUCACACACAGGAGAACGACCUUAUGCCUGUGGUGAUUGUGGGAAAUCUUUUAUCUCUAGUUCCGACCUCCGUUAUCAUCAGAGAGUUCAUUCGGGAGAAAGGCCUCAUGAGUGCAGUGAAUGUGGGAAAUCUUUUAUCACUCGUACUGCUCUCCGUUAUCAUCACAGAGUUCACACUGGAGAAAGACCUUAUGAGUGUAGUGAAUGUGGGAAGUCCUUUACCCGAAAAAAUAACCUAAUUAUACACCUAAGAGUUCACUCAGGAGAAAGGCCUUAUGAGUGUAGUGAAUGUGGGAAAUCUUUUACCUUUAGCUCCAGCCUUCGUUAUCAUCAUAGAGUACACACCGGAGAAAGACCUUAUGAGUGUGGUGAAUGUGGGAAAUCUUUUAACAAUAGGUGGACACUCAUACGACACCGGAGAAUUCACACAGGAGAAAAGCCUUAUGUUUGCAAUAAAUGUGGAAAAUCUUUUUCCUGUAGCUCCACUCUCCAGUAUCAUGAACGAGGUCACCUUGGGGAAAGGCCUUAUGGGUGUGAUGAAUGUGGGAGAUCUUUUACCACUAGCUCUGCCCUCCGUUAUCAUCAGAGAAUUCACACGGGAGAAAGGCCUUAUGAGUGCAGUGAAUGUGGGAAAUCUUUUAUCUCUAGGUCUGACCUGCAUUAUCAUCAGAGAGUUCAUUCUGGAGAAAGACCUUACGAGUGUAGCGAAUGUGGGAAAUCCUUUAUCCGAAGGAAUAAUCUCCUUUUACACCAGAGAAUUCAUACAGGAGAAAGGCCGUACAAGUGUAGUGAAUGUGGGAAAUCUUUUAACAAUAGGUGGACACUCAUUCAGCACCAGAGAGUUCAUACAGGAGAAAAGCCUUAUGUGUGCAGUGAAUGUGGUAAAUCUUUUACCUCUAGCUCCACGCUCUGUUAUCAUCAGAGAGUUCAUGCAGGAAAAAGGCCUUAUGAGUGCAAUGAAUGUGGGAAAUCUUUUACCUCUAGUUCUACCCUCCGUUAUCAUCAGAGAGUUCACACAGGAGAAAGGCCUUAUGAAUGCAGUGAAUGUGGGAAGUCUUUUACUUUUAGUGCCAGCCUCCGUUAUCACCACAGAGUGCACACUGGAGAACGGCCUUAUAAGUGCAGUGAAUGUGGGAAAUCCUUUAAGGAUAGAUCACAGUUCAAUAAACACCGGCGAGCUCACACUGGAGAAAGACCAUAUGAGUGUGGUGAAUGUGGGAAAUCUUUUAGCCAAAAAUCUUCACUUUCAACACACCAGAAAAUUCAUAAUAGAGAACGGUCUUAUGAGUGUAGUGCAUGUGGGAAAUCUUUUACCUCUAUCUCUGGCCUUGGUUAUCAUCAGAGAGUUCACAGGGGAGAAAAGCCUUAUCAGUGCAAUGAAUGUGGAAAAUCUUUUACCAAUAGCUCUAUACUGAUUCGACAUCAGAGAGUUCACACAGGAGAAAGACCUUAUGUGUGCAGUGAAUGUGGGAAAUCUUUUACCAGUAGUGCCACCCUCUCUUAUCAUCAGAGAGUUCAUGCAGGCAAGAGGCCUUAUGAGUGCAGCAAAUGUGGGAAAUCUUUUACCUCUAGUUCCACCCUUCGUUAUCAUCAGAGGGUUCAUGCAGGAGAUAGGCCUUAUGAGUGCAGUGAAUGUGGGAAGUCUUUUAUAUCCAGCUCCAAACUCCGUUACCAUCAGAGAGUUCACACGGGAGAAAGGCCUUAUGUGUGCAGUGAAUGUGGGAAAUCCUUUAGGGAUAGUUCCCAAUUUAGUCAACACCGGAGAGGUCACACUGGAGAAAGGCCUUAUGAGUGUAGGGAAUGUGGGAAAUUUUUUAUGCGAAAAUCUACCCUUUCUCAACAUCAGAGAGUUCACACUAGAGAAAGGCCUUAGAUGUAUAGGGGAUGUGUAGUUUUCUUGUUCAAUGUAAGGAUACCAGAGAAACCAAGGAGCCAUCUGUCUGAAUUAACUCAGACAUCUGAGCAUGCACAGUGGGGAGAUUCCCUAUAAUUCCCACACGUGGGAAAUGUGUGGCUAUGUUAUACUCUCUAACCUGUGCAGGGCUCUUCCCAGAUUUAUGUCACUGCCAUCUCUGUGGUCAAGGCCAUUUCACCUCUACCACCUGGCAGGUCCACAUGGUGUGCAUCAGUCACCAACCCAUUGUGCUCGGGGAGGCUGACCUUUACCCUCCCAUGCACUAGCCAAGUUAGGAGUCAUCUGAGCCCUCAUGGCAUCAGCUUUCACUCCUCCCUGACUAUCUUGAACAUGGACCUGGUCAGUGUUGGCACAGAAAGUAUCGGAAGUUCAGCUGGCAGCUGGGAGAGAAUACAACACAGGGAUGUGUUACUCUCACAUGAUACUGUAAUAAGUUUUUCCAGCUUUCAAAUCAUGAACUGGGUAACUCCCUGCUGCAGAUUGUUUUGGCUUGUACAAUAAUCAAGGCCUUGCAAGCUCUGUAAGUCCUCUUUAAUCUUGGACGUUCUGUUUACUGUGCAGGUAGUUUAUACAUAGAUUUGUGCUAUGUAAGCAUAAAGGGGAGAACAAUUUUUAGGGGUCUCAAAAUUUCUGUCUGAGGAGGGACAGUGUGAUGGUAGACAAUAGCUUGCCAGUUUUGACCAAGCAUUGCUGUUCACAGCCUCCUGGGAAAGACUGUGGGGAUUUCUGGUUUUCAUUUGAAGCCUGGAGGCUUUGUGUUCUAGGAGUCUCUGAGGUGACCCUGAAAAGUGGGCAGCUGUGAGAAUCUCAAGUGCUUCUGAGAGCAGCAUGAAUUUUUUCCCUUACUCAAAGGAGAGAUGACAGGGUGUUUCAGCACUGUUGAGGGAUAUCUUCCCCAGGUCUACAGAGAGCCAUAUUCCCUGAUGGACACAAUUUAUUGGCCUAGUGUCAUUGAUUGCAAGACCGUUGGGUCCAGGAGAAACCAUAAUUGGUACGGAAACACUGGUUUAAUAGGAGAGAGAGGAAGAGGCUGCAGCCAACUAGUGGAAUGUGCCGCUUCUAAAAAUGCAUCCACAGAUGUCGAUGUAAAAAUAACUGGAGAAUCAGUUUGUACACAAAUCUUAGUACCUCCAGGCAUGUUUAUCUUGUGUAGCUGAAGUCAUCAGAGAAAAUAAAAAUAAUUGAAUGGUUUUAUGGAUUCCUUUAGCCUUUCAAGGCCAUUACUGCUUGGGCAGGAAGUAAGAGGAAAAUGGGGUUAUAGUCCACGGAUGUGGUUCUUGUGACCCAGGCAUCAUUCCUGUUGACUUCAAGUGGAAAUGUUCUUUAUUGCUCACCAUAUUUGCUUCCACUGAGGCAAGACUGACUGCCCCCCCCCCAACCCCCCCGACAUAAGGAGAGAGAGAGUGGAAUCAGUAUAAGGUUGCCAAACCUAUUUUCCGGAAAGACUGGGACAUAGAAAUCUUUAAAUCUUGAGCUAUUUUUUAAAGCUUUACUAAGGUAUAAUUUACAUGUGCUAAACUGAAUGUAUUUAAAGUAUACAAUUUGUUAAGUUUUGACAUAGGCGUGAACCUCUGAGACCAUCGUCAUAGCCCUAAUAGUGACCAUAUCUGUCAUGGUAUAUUUACCUCAUUCCUGGUAGAAUCUCCUUGCCAUUCUCACCUCUCCAAGUAACCAUUGAUUUACUUUCCUUCCAAUAGAUACCUUGCAUUUUCUUGAAUUUAUAUUAUUGGAAUCAUAUGCUGUUUACCGUAUUUUUUGUUUUCCUUUAUGUAUCAUAAUUACUUUGAGAUUCAUCACUGAUAUAUAGUGCUUUUGUUUUUUUUGUUUGCUUUUUGUUUUUUUGUUUUGUCUUUCUGGCUGAGUAAUAUUUUUCAAUAUGCCAUGGUUAGUUUAUCCAUUCUUUUUAUGGGUAUUUGGCUUGUUUCUAGAUUUUGACUUCUGAAAAUAAAGCUGGUAUAAAAAUUGUGUUAGUUCUUUAUAUGAAUGUUUCUUUUAUCUUUUUGUGAGUAACUUAGAAUGUAAUGUGAGUCACAACUGUUUUCCUUUUUUUUUUUUUUUUUUUUUUUUUUGGCUGUGCUGGGCCUUCGUUGAGGCACGCAGGCUCUUUGCUGCAGCCUGUGGGCUUAAUUGCCCUGUGACAUGUGGGAUCUUAGUUCCAAGACCAGGGAUAGAACCCCCAUCCCCUGCACUGGAAGGGGAAUUCUUAACCAUUGGAACACCAGGGAAGUCCCACAACUGUUUACCUUUGAAAAAACAAACAUAUUGUGACGUAAAAUGAUUGUACCUUUGGCAUC